AUGACGGCAACAUCGCCGUCUAGCGCCGUGGAUCUGCUGCGCUUUCUUGCACUUUCGCUCGCCGUGCACGCCGACGCCGUGUGCUGCGCCGUAGACGACGUCGAGGCCGCAAUUGUAGAGUUAUCCACAAAUGAUGAGCAUCUUGACAUCCUUGAAAAUGAGUUGGCCGGCUUGCUCGAUAGGCAGCGGCGACUGCACGUGACCCGCUCCAUGAUUGCCUUCUCGCAGGAUGAGCGGCGCCGUGGCAUGGAGUUGCGACGAAGUGUGCAGGCGUCGACGCAGCAGUACGGCAACAAGCGAAUCCAAACGUCCCGCACACCAUCGAACAGAUCGGCAUCCCUGAUGGGCGGCACACCGCGUCGCCCAGGCGAAAGAUUGUCCGUGGAUCUGUUUCCAGGUGAACCUGAGCAGGAGUAUGGAGCGUCGGCGGUGUCGACGCGGGGACUUUCCACGGCCACAUCAUCGACUGCACCGUGCGCGGGCUCCGAGGCGGACUCGGUCGACGCGCAAGUCGAGCGACUCAAAGCGCGGAUCAUGCAUCUCGACCGCUACUCGCUGCGGGGCAAGCUCCUCCACCUAGAAAAGCAGAAGAACGCGGUCAAAGAGAUCGACCUGGAAAACCUGGUGGCACGGGUGGUGGACCCUUUCGAGUUUCCAGCCUCCGUGCGAGCUCUGUGGUGCGGUGCCGCAUCCUCGCGCUCGACCGGCUCUCAGACAAGCUCCUGUGCACCGUUCACAGCGGCCUCUCAUCGCAGCGCACGCUCUGGGGAUGUCACUCUUGCCCAGCACGCAACGGGUAAGGGCAGUGUGGUGAAUCACACAAACAUAGACCUGCUGCUGGCGCGGGCAUGUCAGCGGCUGUCUGGGCGUGCCGCUGACGCAUUAGAGGCUCUGGCGUCGACGAACGUCUCAGAGGCGAGCGCAGCAGCGCAUUUGUUGGGGUGCAUGGUGUACGCUGCCGAGUUGGACUCCAGCGGGAGCACCGACCUUGCGGCAGUGCAGGAACUGCAGAGGAUGCCUCGGGAUACUCUCUCCCAUCUCUAUGACCAGUGCGUGCGCAACAGUGUGUGCGAGGCAAAGCUGGACGGCCGGUGCUUUGGCGUUCGAGGCACCGUGCUGGGAGCACAGGAUUUCAACGCCCUCCCUGCGGAGUGGGCCACAUCGCAGUCGCUCAGUCACGUGCCACUGGAUGAGAUCCUACCCCCUGUUCGGCAUCUGCUAUCGCCUCGCUUCAGCUUUGCGGAUGUGGCGGAGCUGAAGCAGCUACAGGAGAGGCGAGUUGCAUUGCAGGAAAAGCUUGUGAAGCUCCUGGUAGAGGGGCCGGAAAAGGAGGCGGAGCUGCUGCAAGACAUUGCCGGGAGUCCGCGCGACCGCGCGGCCGCAGCGGCACGUCUGGCGGUGGCCGAGAUGACCCCCGUCUCAACAUCGGUGCACGCCUGGAAAACAAUGGUCCUGGCCCGUGGUGAUGAGCGCUGA